GUAGAACAACAACGUGACAGUUGCCAUAUUAGACAGUAGGGGGUAAAGGUUUGGCACACGUGAAGUCGGGCUGAAACAUGCUGAAGAUGGAUGACCUCAUUGAGCUCCAAUGGGAAAUGGGAGUGUUGCUGAAAGGCGGAUUUGACGUCUGAUCGCCGCGUUCGUGCGUUUUAUUGACUCUUAUCUGAACAGGAAGCCCCGACGCGACACGGUACAGUAAUAGGGCCUGUCACCAUGUCUGUGAGUGAGACUGACGCAAAGUUUUCAAAAAUGGAUCAUCCAGAAGCUUUAGCUUUAGAGCUCAAGUGCCCCAUCUGCCUGCAGCUCUUCUCUGAGCCAGCUUCUCUUCCGUGUGGUCACAUCUAUUGCUUUGCCUGCCUUCACACCAUGGGAGAAGGCCUUGACCAACACAGCUGCCCUGAGUGCCAGGCAGAGUACCAGGGCACCAAAGCCCUUGAGAAAAGCCUCAAAAUGUGCAGCAUCAUAGAGACCUACAAAGCCACUGCUGGUAAAGUCAAUUCCACUGGCAUCCCUCCUGAUGUGGGCCAUGUAACGAUCAAGAGUGCCGACAGCUCCGUUACAGAAGAGUCAAACGCAAAACACCACCAACACACAGCAACAGCUGGACCGAGCCGAGAGGAGAGCUCGGCGCGUACGGGAAAGCACGGCGUUCAAACUGGGUCUGGAUCCACAGAGCACUCCUUUUCUUUGGCUCAAGAACGAGGCAGCGGCAAAGGCAAGAUGGAAAUGGAUGAACCUAAAUUUAGAAUGGCGUCUCAAGUCACAGAGUUGAGCCUCAAGUUGGAGAUGGCAGAGAGUGUGCUGAGUAAGGAGAAGGAACGGGAGUUGGAGGUGACCACUGCUAACGGUCAGCUGAGAGAGAGAGCGCGCAGACUUUUAGAGCAGAUAACCGAGUUGUCGCAGAGCUACACCGCGCAGGUGAUGCAGCUUAUUGAGGAAGAGCUCGGUCCAGGCGAGGCUAGCGUGGGCGGUCGAAUCGGUCAAGCGUCUGAGCUGACAAAGCAGCUGAGGCAAGCCAUGCUCAGAGCGGAGUCCCUUCUGACUGAGGACGACGAGGCUGCAUUCAGUGACGAGCUUCGGACUCUACAACCACACAUUGUGGAGUUAAUGGCCAGGCCCGUGGGCGAAGAGGACGACCACGUCGAAUCAAAAGUCAACUCUGCGCGCGCCUGUCCCAAGCUGGAGGAAAUGAACGCUGCGUUCAGGGAAAGAUCUGGAGAGAUUCAGCGCUCCCUUCGAAACACCCUCAACCCUUCAGAGGUGACUUUUGACCCAGAAACGGCCCACCCCAACCUCGUCCUCUCAGGGGACUUGAAGACGGUGACGUUCAGCACUGCCAAACAGCCCUACCCAUCCUCUCCUCAGAGGUUCACCAACUUCCUCCAGGUCCUCAGCACCCAGAGCUUCCAUGAAGGCGAUCAUUGCUGGGAUGUGGAGCUCGAUGGUUCUCCGUGGAUCUUUGGUGUGUGCUACAGCGGGAAGCUAGCACGCAGCGGGUUGCCCUCCGCUCUGGAAGGCAGCCGAUACUCCUGGUGUCUGAUGUGGUUCAACAACUUGCUGACAGCCUUCGAGCGGGGUCAUGAUGUGCCGCUGAAGAGGACCACCGUGUCACGCAGGCUGGAGAUCAGACUGAGUUUCAAGACCCACAGGCUGAGCUUCUACAACGUGAGCCCCAGCAGCGGAAAGACUCAUGUGUACACAUUUAAGGCUAACCUGACUGAACCAGUGCACCUGGCCUACAGGAUGAUGUCAGGGGACCCUAAAGGCCGUGUCACUGUUUAUUCAUAAUCAUAACUGUAUUUCUAUGAACUAUAUAUCCUUAGCAAAUGUGAUGCAGACAGAGAAAAGUAAUAAUAUUUUUGAGACUUUGUAUGAUAAUUUAACGUCUUUCAUUGUGUCUUGAUAGAAGACCCUGAUCACCCACUUACUUCAGCCUAUUAUUUUGGAUGCUUUGUGUGGUAAUAUAUGACUGCUUCUCAAGUCUACAUAGGAAUAAUAAACAUAAAUGUGACUGAAUUACUUGUUGCAGUGUGCCUGAAACGUAGUUUUCAAAAUGAUGUGCCAGAUAUUGUGUUUUUAUGUUUUUCUAUUUCUAUCUAAUAAACUCUUUACACACUG